AUGGACCAUCACACCGCUCAGAUGGGUCAAAUGUCCACUACCCACACCACCCACCCCAAUGCCUCAGCCUCAGCCUCCCAGAAUGAGCCUCAGCCUCACCCCCAGUCCCAGCCUUAUUUCCCACUGUAUCCUCCCGAAAUGUAUGGUAAUGUUGCAACUGGGUCGGCUCCCAAUGCAGGGUACCAAAUGGCGAAUCCCGCGUUCGACGCUGGAAUUCCUGCGUAUAUUCAUCCUCUGGCUACCACUUAUCCUUCCCAGCAGCCGUUCCAACCAUCCCAUUACCCCCACCCCGUCCUCCCCCCUCAUGUGUAUAGUGGGUAUGCCCCGCCCACCCAGCCUACGAAUGUAGCGACAUCUUAUGCUCCUCCUAUACAAGCUGGUAUUGCUCCUGCAGUAGCUGUGCGACCUCGAGUCGCGAUUCCCCGUCUGCAACAGGCUGUUGCUGCUGCACCUGAGGCUUCAGCUACGCAACCACAACCUCCCGCAGCCCCUCAAGACGUGAUAAAUCAACUUUUGAACUCCUACACACCCGAACAAAUUGCUACGUUCAUAGCGGCGGCGCAACACGUAUACGGGACCGACACACAGGUAUCAGGCGCCUCCUCUCCUGCUCCCUACGGCAUGCUACCUCAGAUCCAGGUAACCGAUUACAACCAACACGUCGGCCCUUCCAACCGAUUCAUGCCGCAGGUGGCAUCUGUAGGCUCAUCUGGCGGAACUGUGCAGCGCGGGAAGCGCAAGGCGGUUGAUAGUAAUGGUGGCAGGGUACCAAAGAGAAACAGUCGCAUUCCCGCCAAUCAGGACCCUGAUUUUAGAUAUUUCGACACGCGGGAAGGAAAACACAGGUACCAAUGCCAACGUGUUCAGUGCGGCGGCAAAGUGAUGCAGGGAAGCAACGUGCAUAAACAUAGAGAAAGCAACAAGCAUCAGGGACGCAGCGAUCACUUGCCAUGCGCAACCUGUGGCAAAUUCUUUAGUCGUUCUGAUAGUCGGUCGCGUCACAUUGCGUCGGGAACGUGUGACAGAGACCAGGCCAGAGCUGAAGCGCUUCGUGCAAGUGCACCUACUACAUUGACCACCAGUAGCUUCGCGUCUCUGCCCCCUACCACCGUGCCCUCAGGUGAAUUCACCUUCCAGGUGGCAGGACCUGCUAUGAACUCGGUGCCCCAACAAGCCCCGCCCAUGCCGGUGGUCGCCCAUAACUUCCCAUACACCCCCGCUGCACAAUUCACCGCAAGACCUGCACCGAGCUCGGUGACCCAACAAGCGCCCUUCCCUGUGAUUGCCCACGACUUUUCGUUCUUGCCCACUACGCAAUCUAGCGUCCAGGCGCCACCUGAACCAAGUUCGGUGACCCAUCAAGCACCCUUCCCUGUGAUUGCCCAUGACUUUUCGUUCCUGCCCACUCCGCAACCCAGCGCCCAGGCGUCACCCGAACCAAGCUCUUUGCCCAAGAAAUUCUCCGCAGCGCCUCCCUUACCGGUUACGGCGGGAGAUUUCUCAAUCAUCCCAGCGGAUGAAGAUAAAGAUGACCUCUUUGGCUCUCCGUAG